AUGGCGCCACUGGUUGAAGCUUUCCACCCAGCCCGACUACAGCAGCACAUCCAAUACCACGCCGACGGCAAAGUGCGUAAGCCACCGGUGGAUUUGAAGCAGUGUCAGCUCAAGGAACUGGUGCAGUAUGAGUGCCAGCUUGAUGGGCCGCCAGAGAAUCCGAAAAGCAAAAUUGUUUGCGAAGCGGUCUUGAGGUUGUUUAGGACGUGUGCAAACGGGUCGACGGUGGAGACUACGAGCUGGGAGGAUAUACAUGACGGAGGGAUGAAGUGA